UCAGGGUUGUGAAAGCCUGCGAUGGAGGCGGUGGCUGCUGUCGUAUAAGGGACGCGACGAGCCAGGAGCCAGUCCGGGCUGUGAAAGCCAGCGAUGGUGGCGGCGGCGCCCGCCGGACAGGGCGGCGGGCGCUGGGAUGAAGGGAGUGGACCCUGCUGCUUCGGCCGCCUGCCUCCCCCACCCGCCGCUUGGCCCGGGGCGGGAAGCCGGCAGUGGCUGCUGCUGCUGCUGCCGCUGCUGCUGCUUUCGGGCCGGGCUGGGGCGCUGGUAGAGGGGCUCUACUGCGGCUCACACAACUGCUACGACGUGCUGGGGGUGAGCCGCAAGGCGGGCAAGGCGGAGAUCGCCCGCGCCUACCGGCAGCUCGCGCGCCGCCACCACCCGGACCUCGUGCGGCGCGAGGGCGCCGACAGCGAGAGCCUCGAGAGCGCGCAAGAGGCAUUCCUGCUGGUGGCCACUGCCUACGAGACCCUGAAGGAUGAAGAAACACGUAAAGAUUAUGAUUAUAUGCUGGAUCAUCCUGAAGAGUACUACAGUCAUUAUUAUCACUACUACAGUAGGCGGUUAGCUCCUAAAGUAGAUGUCAGAAUUGUCAUUUUAGUCACUGUAUGUGCAAUCUCCGUGUUUCAGUUUUUCAGCUGGUGGAGUAGCUAUAAUGAGGCCAUCAACUACCUAGCCACCGUGCCAAAGUAUCGUAUUCAAGCUACUGAAAUUGAGCAGCAAGGGCUGCUUAACAAAGCCAAAGAAAAAGGCAAAAACAGACGAUCCAAGGAAGAAAUCCGUGAGGAGGAAGAAAACAUCAUCAAAAACAUUAUAAAAAGUAAAAUAGAUAUAAAAGGAGGCUAUCAGAAACCUAAAGUAUGUGAUAUUCUACUAUUUCAAAUUAUUUUAGCUCCUUAUCACCUGUGUGCAUACAUAGUCUGGUAUUGCCGGUGGAUUUAUCAUUUUAAUAUCAAAGGUCAAGAGUAUGGAGAAGAAGAGAGGCUGUAUCUCAUACGUAAAUUUAUGAAAAUGUCAGAAUCUCAGUUUGACAGUUUAGAAGAUCAUCAAAAAGAAACUUUUCUUGAACUGAAGCUAUGGAUAAGAGAGAACUAUGAAGUCUACAAACAGGAACAAGAGGAAGAGCUAAAGAAGAAAAAGGCAAAUGACUCUCGAUGGAAGAGAUACAGGAGGUGGAUGAAGAAUGAGGGACCUGGCCGUUUAACUUUUGUAGAUGACUAACUAUUGCUGGAAUUCUGUAUACCAAACCACAAUAAUUAUAAAAUUAUUUUUCAUAAGGGAAUUAUUUUAGAAAAUUCAUUCAUUUCCAGUAACAAUCUAAAAUUCAGGAAGCAUCUGAUUGAACAAAAUGUGAAAUCUGAAACAUACAUAAAACUAUUAAUAAGACAUUUUAAAAAAUGGUGUUCAGUAUUUAUAUUCCACAUUUUUUGUGGGUCUAGUGCUUUCUGUUAAAUCUUCAUGCUGUGUCUUCUAUCAGAUACUGUUUAAAAACUUAACUGAUAUGUACAUGGUUUUCCAUUCUAGAACUUUUCUUGCUUUUCUGUUAUGUUGCUCAUUGCUCUUCUCUAUCCUCAUAUUUUUCAUAGAACUUUACUUUAAAAAAAAGAAAAUCACAACUGCAGUUAAUUACUGAUUUGUAAAUUUGUCCAAAAAUCUCUCCAGGAGAGUAAUUCUUCUAAUGUAUCUUUUUUUUUUUACAAUCAUUAAGAUUGAAAUAUGUUUUUAAAAAGUCUCUCCAGGAGAGUUUCCUGCUAUCAUGUCCUCGUGACAUGGUCUUUAUUGCAUUUGUUAUAAGAUUGUAAAUGUGAUCAGAAACUCUCCAGGAGAGUGAUUCUACUCUCAUGUCCUCGUAGGAUAAUCUUUAUUACAGUCAUUAUAAGAUUGUAAAUCUUAAAAAGUGAAAAUCAAAGUAAGUAAAAAGUGAGUCCAAAUCAAAAGUAAGCGAAAAUCUCUAUAAGAGAAUAUAUUGGUCUUUAUUGUGACCAUAUGGCUUGAUUACUUCAGUAAUAAAAAUAUAAUUCUUCUUCAAAAAUGAAAAUAUGAAACAAAGAGCACAAAAACUGCCCCUAAAAUUCUGAAGCCCUUAAGUUAUAGGGAAUCAUAUUUAGUUGUGAGCACUGACUUAAACAUUUUGAAAAUAGAAUGAGGAGGUGCAUGAACAUGUAUCAGUGACAUUAACCAGGGUGUCAAUACUAUGUGUUAGGCAGCAGAACAAUGAAAUAAGUUGGCUGCACUGGAGAUUUCUUUUUAUAAAAAAUACUUUUUGUAUAUGAAAGUGAAAGUAUUUGUUUGGUAACAACCCAGAACAUACAACUUUAGUAAUUGUGGCAUGUAACCUUGCACUAAAGUGUCAGUACACCUUCAUCAAGGUAAGCUGAUUUUCUUGUUAAAGGGUUUAUUUCUUUGCUUUAUGUAAAUAAAAUGGUUUGUUAUAUUACAA